AUGGUAGAACUAUCACCAGAUGAAACCGCUAUCAUCAAAAAGCAUCCUUUAACCAAGUCAUUCAGUGAUUUACACGGCUUGCUUCAGGAGGCGGAGAGAACUCACGCGUCGUGGUCUAUUUCUGAUGAUGGUGCCACUGACAAACGGGUCCAACUCCAUCGAAAUGCGAUUACAAAACUCCUCUCUGCUUUACAAGGAGAGGACGCGGCAUUCAAUCUUCGCUCUCGGAUUACCGAUCAAAAUAUCGAUUCAGAUUUAGCAGAAGUAACACUUAAGCAUCUCCGACCUGACCUUUUCAACUACCGCUACUAUCGGCCACUAGUUCAGCUUGUCAUCCAAAAAGCUGCCGACGUCGACAUCUGGAAAGCUGUCUUCAGCCUCAUUUACACUGUAUCACAAGCCACUCCACCUUCUCCCCCUGUAUCAUCAAUCCAACAAACACCCUGGCUGCGCAACACUAGCAGUUUUGCCAACUCGACAGAACACCGAGACUACAUUGACGCCGUGCUGAAGGAGGAGCUUGGAGAGUUACACACCGACAUUCCUGGGUUCUUCAAUGCAUACUUCGGGGACAUACCACAUCUUGAUGUAGUUGCGCGAGCAGUGUUUGAAAAGUGCAAGGGGACAAACCUCUACAAUGACAACAAUGGCUGGCGGGACUGGCCCGAACAGGCGGCAGAAGGGGAUGUCCUCAGCUGGUUGGCCAAGAUUAUUGGUGAGCUGGUGCAGAUGGCAGAGACUCACGAGCCAACCUUGAAGAUUGACCGGAGGCCGCUCGCACAGCCACAUCGGCCAAUGCAGGGGUCCAUCGCGCAGAGAAAACUGGACAUUGGCUUUGUUGAUGUUGUGAACGCCACAGAGAAUUCCAGGUGCCAUUGGCGGCAGAUCCUGGUGCCAGGAGAGCUUAAGAACGACCCACGAUAUGACCGUCCCUCAGGAUCGUAUUAUGAUCUGGGAAGGUAUGCCAGAGAGGUUCUUGCCGCGCAGGACAGCCGCCGUUUUGUUCUUGGGUUCACCCUGUGUGGGCCAUUCCUGCGACUGUGGAACUUUGACCGUCUGGGUGGAAUUGCGUCUGAGAAUUAUGACAUCAACAAGGAUGGCCUUCAAUUUGUUUCCACUGUUCUUGGUUUCCUUCUGAUGAGCCGGGAGCAGCUUGGAUUUGAUCCGACCAUUGUCACCAUCGGGUUUGAACGGUAUAUCAAGAUCGAGAAGGACGGUGUGAAGGAACGGCUGAUCAUCGACAAGUUCAUUGGACGAGCACGCUGCAUUGCUGGGCGAGCCACAACCUGCUGGAAGGCACACCGUGAGGCCGAUGAGUCACAGUCACCACUGGUGGUCAAGGACUCAUGGCAAUACCCAGAGCGCACUGAGGAAGGGAAGUUGUUGCAAGAAGCGAUGAAGAGUGGAGUCAAGAAUGUUGCGAGAUAUUAUCACCAUGAGACGGUUUGCAUCAAUGGCAAGGAGGACGAUGUUUUGACUAUUCGAAAGGGUCUAAAUAUUCCAGCAUUGAAUGAUAACAAAGGCAGCUCGAAGGUGAAAGGGCGGCGCAGCAGGUCUCAGAGAGGACAGAAGAGCCAAGGCAGCACUGCUGGGCAGAAAAGACCUUUUGACUGUGUGGACACGACCACCCCCCCCCCUCCAAGUAAACGUACCCAGUCGAGUUCUUCUCCUAAACCUACAGUGGAAUCUAACCCACCAAACCGAGUGCAUCGUCGCGUGAUUGUCCAGGACUAUGGAAAGCCUAUCUAUGAGAGUAGCUCGAAGGCAGUUCUGCUUGGUGGGCUGGCAGGUUGCAUUGAAGGUUAUAUGUCGCUCCAUGACAAGGCCGGUCUUGUCCAAAGUGACAUUUCCCCUCGGAAUCUGAUGGUGAAUGAGGAUGAUGACAACCUUUCAUGGCGUGCUUUUCUGAUUGACCUUGAUCUGGCCAUCAAAAAGCAGCGGGACAGGUCCUCCGGCGCGCGGGGCAAGACUGGUACCAGGGCAUUCAUGGCUAUUGGUGUCUUAUAUGGUGAAAACCAUUGCUUUAUGCACGAUCUGGAGUCUUUUUUCUGGGUGCUCUUCUGGAUAUGCAUUCACUACGAUGGACCGAACAAAGGGAGAGACGGAGGACGCUUUGAGAAAUGGAACUAUAUGAAUACAAUAGAGUUGGCAGAGGCAAAAAAAGGCUUGAUAAAUGGUGAAGGGGAUUUUCUAAAGGCUGCAGAAACUAAUUUCACUCCAUACUAUCAAUCCCUGAUCCCCUGUGUGAAACGGUUACGUCGGCUUGUCUUUCCGGGCGGCGAACGAUGGAAGAGACUGAAUCCUCAUCUCCACCUGAAUAUGAUCAAGGAGCUUCAGGAUGCACAGAAAAACCCGGAUAUCAUAGGCUAA